UAUGGAUCAAAAUCAUAUCAUAUGGGAUAUUGUUUUUAUUAGUCUCAAACUAAAUUAUCAAAAUAUUUUUUUUUUUUGUUAAUCUUUACAUACACAUAUCUUUUAAAACAUAUUCAUGAUCAAAGAUGUACAUGGUAAACUGUAAAAAUCAAUAUAAUAAAUAAAAAGAAACAACGGGAGCAUUGUUAAUUUAAAAAAGAAGACCCUACAUUCCUUGGUGCAAGACUACCAUAUAUAUUGGCUAAUUGGUUUUGUUGUGGCAAGUUAAUUCACUUCUCCUUCCUUUGUCCCUGUUCUCAUUUCUCCCCUUCGAAAAAACAAUGGCUUUCGUACUCACAGCUUUCGUAUUCAUUUUCUUAAGCUGGUUCGUAAGAGUAACCUAUGAAACCCUCUCUUUUUAUUGGCUAAGUCCUAGACGCAUCAAAAAAAUCAUGGAAAAACAAGAAGUGCGUGGCCCGCAACCCCGCCCUCUUAUAGGUAACAUCCUAGACAUGGCUACCCUCGUGUCAUCCUCCACCUCUAAUGACAUGCCUACCAUCUCUCACGACAUCGUUGCUCGUCUUCUCCCACAUUACCUCCUCUGGUCAAGAAAAUACGGAAAGAGGUACAUAUAUUGGAAUGGAUUCGAGCCGAGGAUGUGUUUAACGGAUCCCGAUAUGAUCAAAGAAUUGCUAACAAAAUACAACCCUUUGUCUGGAAAAUCAUGGCUUCAACAACAAGGGUCAAAAAAUUUCAUAGGAAAUGGCCUACUUAUGGCCAAUGGUGAUGCUUGGCAUCAUCAAAGGCACAUUGUUUCCCCUGCUUUUAUGAGUGAUAAGCUUAAGAGUUAUGCAGGGUAUGUGGUGGAUUGCACUAACAACAUGCUCCAAUCGCUUGGAGACACGUUCGAGUCGAGUAAAAAUGAGGUGGAAAUUGGAGAUUUAAUGACUAAUCUUACUGCUGAUAUUAUAUCAAGAAUUGAAUUUGGUAGUAAUUUUGAGAAAGGAAGGAAAAUUUUCCAUCUCCUAAAUCUUUUACAGAAUCGUUGUGCUCAAGCUAGUAGGCAUCUCUGCUUACCCGGAAGCCGGUUUUUCCCAAGCAAGUACAACAAAGACAUAAAGGCUCUAAAAACCGAAGUAGAGGAACUACUAAUGGAGAUAAUCAUUAGUAGAAAAGAUUGUGUCGCGAUGGGUAGAACUGACUCGUAUGGGAAAGACUUACUAGGGAUUCUAAUGAAUGAAUUGCAAAAUAAAAAGAGAGACGGAUUUAACUUGAAUUUGCAACUUAUAAUGGACGAAAUCAAGACAUUCUUUUUCGCGGGGCAUGAGACUACGGCACUUUUGCUCACUUGGACUAUAAUGUUGUUAGCAAGUAACCCUGAAUGGCAAGAGAAAUUAAGGGAAGAAAUUGAACAAGUUUGCAAUGGUGAAACUCCUACCAUUGAUCAUUUGCCUAAGCUUCGCAUGUUAAGCAUGAUAAUUAACGAAUCAUUGAGGUUGUACCCACCUGCUACACUUCUACCUAGGAUGGCAUUUGAAGACAUCAAGCUUGGCGAUCUACUCAUUCCAAAAGGGUUGUCUAUAUGGAUUCCGGUCCUAGCCAUCCAUCACGACAAAGAACUAUGGGGUGAUGACGCGAAUGAAUUUAAUCCAGAACGUUUUGCCUCCAAAUCCUCUAUUUCAAGUCGCUUCCUUCCAUUUGGUGCUGGCCCUCGGAAUUGUAUAGGGCAAACAUUUGCGAUUAUGGAAGCAAAGAUCAUACUAGCUAUGUUAGUUUCACAAUUCAAGUUCAAAAUCUCAAGUAAUUAUCGUCACUCUCCCGUGGUAGUUCUUACCAUAAAGCCGAAGCAUGGUGUUCAAGUUUUCUUGGAGCCCUUAAAUAGAUGAGCUUAGACUACAAUUGUUACAUUAUUUUUCAAUAUAAAUUUUUUGGGUGGGAAUUUUGGGAUUGAGGUUAUUGGUGCGUACGUUAUUUUGCACUAAACCUCUAAAGUUUUGCAGAUUUAUGAUGCCUAGAACAGUAGCUUAUUUUGUAUCAAAGAGGAAUACAUGCAAUAAUCAAUAUUAUAUUCAAGAUUAUAAAUCACCAAAAUA